AUCCCUGCGGUACGCCAUGGAGUCGAUGAGCUCCACUCAUUUGCUGCCUCUGGAACUGAUUGACAAAUGUAUCGGUUCUCGGAUCCACAUUAUUAUGAAAAACGACAAGGAAAUGGUCGGCACUUUGCUAGGUUUUGAUGGAUAUGUCAACAUGGUUCUCGUUGAUGUGACGGAAUUUGAAUUUACUGCCCAAGGAAAACGAAUUACCAAGCUGUCACAUAUUCUGUUGAGUGGUAGUCAUAUUGCUAUGAUGGUCCCCGGUGGAGAAGGACCCGAAGUUUGA